UAUUUUUGUUCAUGCAGUAACUGCAUUGCAGUUGGCGACAUUGCGUGUCAAAACACGUGUUUUAGGGUUAGAAUUCUCAAAACAUGAUGGAAAUAUCGGAAAAUAUCGCUGAAAUAAACAAAGUAGAGGCAGAAAAAAACGUGGAAACUGUAAACAAACAAGAGGAGAACCCUUACGCGUACUUGGAUAGAGGUGAAUUCACGUCGGAGAACUAUAAAAUCGAAAUUAAAAAUUUGCCGAAAUACUACGGAAUUAAUGAGUUUAAAAAGUUGUUGAAUACUAAGCUAAAGUUAAGUACAAACAAAAUUAAGACGCCCAAGAGGAAUAGCCCUUAUGCUUUUGUUUGUUUUCGUAAUGAUGAAGAUAGGGAUAUUGCUUUAAAGGCUUUGGAGAAUUAUAGUUGGAAGGGAAAAGUUCUGCAGGCUAUUAAAGCAAAACCAGCACCUGAUCCUUUGGUUAAAAGAAGGCAGGAAAGUAAUGAUGAAAAUAGGCAAAAUAAAAAACCAAAAUUUGAAGGAACACAGGAAGAAAGAUUGAAGUUUUCCACAACACCAUUUUGGGAUAAGGAAUAUUCAGAACAAUUAAAAUUAAAAGAAGAAGAUAUGAGGCAAAUUUUACGACGAUUGGGUAACGACCUACAAUAUCAAAAUUUUGAAUUAAAACAGUGGAUACAAAAUCAAAAAUCCAAAAAUAGUGGUUUACCUUGUGAAUUUUUAAAAGUUAGAUCUGCUGAACCAUAUGAUGGCUAUAGGAAUAAAUGUGAGUUUAGUGUUGGUAUAGAUGAAGAAACGGGCCUUAAAACUGUGGGAUUUAGAAUUGGCGCAUAUGUUAAUGGAGUUACAGGUGUAGGCCCUGUAGAAAACUUAAAACAUAUCCCGGAUUCAAUGAAAAUUGCUGUUAGGGUUUUCCAAGAUUUAGUGAGAAAUUCGGACUUGGACGUUUUUAAUCCUGAAUUUCAGUCGGGACAUCUCAGACAAUUAUGUGUUAGAAGAGCAAAGGAUCAACUAAUGCUUGUUGUUGGAAUUCAUCCGCAAGACCUGUCUGAAGAAAAGUUGAAGACUUUUAAGGAACAUUUGGUGGAAUUUUUCACUAAUGGUCCUGGUAAAGAAGCCAAUGUUACAUCUUUGUACUAUCAGGCUAUUGUCAAAAAGUUACAUAAUAACGAUUUUACACCCUCAGAACACCUAAGCGGUGAUACGCACAUCUACGAAACAAUUCUCGGUCUGAAAUUCAAAAUUUCUCCCGAAGCAUUUUUCCAAGUCAAUACCGCUGGCGCAGAAGUACUCUACCAAUCUGCAAUGGAGUUGGCAGAUCCCACGAAAAACUCUACUGUAUUGGAUGUGUGCUGCGGCACAGGAACCAUAGGGUUGUGCUUUGCAGAGAAAUGUGGGCAAGUUUUGGGCCUGGAAAUAAUCCCACAAGCUAUAGAAGACGCAAAUGAAAAUGCCGUGGCUAAUAAUGUAAAAAAUGCGGAGUUUUUUACUGGAAAAGCAGAGGAAAUUCUAGGGACAGUUUGUUAUAAAUCUACGCAUGAUGACGUCAUUGCUGUGGUGGAUCCCCCUAGAGCUGGAUUACAUCAAAAAGCGAUUCUGCAGCUCCGUAAAAUCCGCAAAAUCAACAAACUCGUCUACGUAUCGUGCAAUCCUUCGAUGGCAAUGAAAAAUUUCGUGGACUUGGGACGUCCGGAGUCCAAAACAAUACACGGUGACAUGUUUGUUCCGGUUAAGGCAGUGGCUGUGGACAUGUUUCCACACACUAAACACUGCGAGCUGGUUAUUUGCUUUGAAAGAUGGGAAAAUAUAAAGAAACGGGAAGAAGAUGCAAAGGUAUUGGAUGAAAAAACAAAAAAAGAAGAUAACAUUGAUAAGGAAUCAGAAGAAAACAAAAAUAUUGUAGACAAUGUUGAUACUUGAGUUUUAAUUUAAAUAAAUUUGUUU